CAGGAAGUAUAUUGUUUGAAAACUAAGGUAGAAUCAAAGAAAGCAGCACGACCACAACAAAGACUUGCUAAAUACAGAUGUAAUGUACGUGAUACGCGCCAUGUUACAAAAGAAGACCAUCUUUAAGGUCUUCUGACGUGGGCUUUUUUUUAAUGCCACGUAAAAACUCCAAGACGGUGAAGCCACCGUUGCCGUUCGUGGAGCGGCCUGUAUGCGGCGUUAGACUCCAGUCUGGUCCUGAGGUGCGGGCUGCCAUCCAUCCUAAGGAGUAUUUCACACAAGAGGCACAAGAACGCAGCAGCAGCAGCACGCAUCUUUACUCUUGGGUAAGCCCCCAGUUUGACACUUCAGUCGCAGCAAAGCGAGGGAGGACGAGGAGAAAGUGCCACUCAGUCACUAGCAUUCUCGACGCUUGCAGUCAGCUGUCCAGGAAGAGCAGCAUGUGCAAGUUCCCGCCGUUGGCUUUCCAGUCCGGAUCAAAAGGGCAGCACUGCACUCAACAGGCCAAGCGGACGCACACAAACAACGCGGCGGUCUCUGGAGGACUUCAGGAGAUGCCAAAGAGAGCGGUGAGAAGAAGGAAGAGCAUGAAAGACGUUUCUGCUGAUGCAACCUGCACCAGCAGCAGCAUCUGCGCACCACCUGAUGUGGAUACUCCUAAAGCAACACGAGAAGACGAUAGUUCUUCUUCUGAGCACUGGAUACUGGCUCAGCCAUGCACACCGCCACGCUGUCAAAUGCCUGACGUUCUGGUGCCAGACACGCCAGAGCAGCACUACGGUUUGAAGGUCACAUGGAGAAGGAGGACUAAUCUGAUGUCGCUGCUCAAGGACAGAGGUCUUCUGUUGGAUUGUGACGUGCUGAUUGGCAGCCAAAUGAUCUGAUGACUUAUGUAUGAAAUGAUUUGACAAUAAAUGGAUGGUUUGUUUUGAUUGAGUUAUCCAUCCAGCUGUCCAUUUUCUAUAGCACUUGGCCUCAUUCAGGCCACGGGUGAGCUGGAGCCUAUCCCAGAUGAUUUUUUUGGGCAAGAGUCGAGGUAUUGUCUAUCACAGUAAAACGAAUGUAAGUGUAGCAUGAUAUAUGUUGAGUA